CGUUCUGUAUUUUCACAUGCUCAACGAGAGUGAGAUGAGAAGCAAAACUUUUAUGUUUUUUUACACAAAAAAAAAAUAUAUAAUUAAAAACAAAUAAAGUGCGUCCUACCGAUUUAGCAAGUAAAAUAAAAACGAACUCCCAUUAUUUCAAUUAUAUUUAUUACAAAAACAGAAAAAGUCCAAAAAAAAGUAUAAAAUUAUUGUACAACUAUUGCAUUCAGUGAUUUGAAUAACAUCAAAUAACAACAAAUACUCAAGAUGUCGGCAUUUCAAGAUAUUAAAAAAUCAAGACUGAUCCACCUGUGUUUUGCAAUUACAUUCUUUACAUCAGGACUUAUUAUCAACUUUAUUCAACUACUGCUGCAUUUUUGUUUAAAACCAUUCAACCAACAAUUAUAUAGAAAUUUGAUGUACUAUCUAUGCUUUUCUCUAUAUUCUCAAUUAGUUUUCGUUGCUGAAUGGUGGGCAGGUAGCAGAAUAGAAGUCUGGAUAGAUGAAGAGGAGGAAAAAUUCACUGGCAAAGAACAUGUUCUCUUAGUUAUGAAUCACACAUACGAAAUUGAUUGGUUAGCCGGAUGGAUGUACGCUGAUAAGUGUGAGGUUUUGGGUAAUUGCAAAGCUUAUGCCAAAAAAGUCAUCUCUUACAUACCAUGCAUUGGUUGGGCAUGGAAGUUUGCCGAGUUUGUGUUCCUCGAGCGAUCAUAUGACAAGGAUAGGGAAAUUAUUGCAAGACAACUGAAAGCAAUUAUGUCUUAUCCUCAUCCUGUUUGGUUAUUACUUAAUGCCGAAGGUACACGAUUCACUCCACAGAAGCAUGAAGCUUCAGUGAAAUUUGCCCAAGAUCGUGGAUUGCCUGUUCUAAAACAUCAUUUGAUUCCACGUACAAAAGGAUUUACUGCCAGUUUGGACAGUCUUCGCAACAAGUGCACAAUCUAUGAUAUUAAUGUAGCCUUCAGGAAGGAUGACCCGAUCGCACCAACUAUCUCAAACUUGUUGCAUGGUGAUGGAGUUAAAGCUUACAUGUUUAUCCGUCGCAUUCCAUUAGACAAAGUUCCAGAAAAGGAAGAAGAGGCUGCAUUGUGGCUUCAAGAAACAUUCCGUGAAAAGGACAGAAUUCAAGAUAGUUUCCAUACUACUGGUAGUUUCUUCAAAACAUCUGGAUUCAAAGAAGUACCAAGUAAAGUCCAGCAACCUAGAUUACAAGUUUUAAUCAACUAUAUCGCCUGGGCGACAUUCUCUAUAUCUUUGGUUCUGUACUACUUGUUGUCGUCGCUGUUGGCGCAAAACUGGAUUGGACUUUCAAUAGCUGUGGGUGUUUUAGUUACAUUUUACAUCUUGAUGUCGAAAGCAAUUGGUAUGUCGGAAAUUAGCAAGGGUUCAUCGUAUGGAGCCGAAAAUGGCAAAAAGGACACAAAAUAACUUAAAACGCCGAAAACAACUGUUAUUAUAUUAUACAUAAUUAAUUUGUUCGAUAAACAAAAAAAAAUUCCUUCAGUAUGCAUGUACAUAUAUAAUUUGUGUAUACAUAUUGAGUGAAUUGAGAGAUUUUUUUUUAUAUAAACUACCUAAUCUAGAGUUGAAAUGAACUUUUUGCGAUUGUAAAACUACCUUCGUUUAGUGUAGCAUAUAAUAUAACUUAUAUAGUUGAAUUUACUUUAAUAGCAGAUUAAUAUAUAAAUGAUUAGAUGUUAUGUAUCAUAGACAUUGAUUAAGCGUAACAAAAUACCUUCUGUGUAACUAUAAUAUUGAUGUAUUAUAAUGCCAGUUAUAUAAUAUUUUUGUUUUGUUAU